AUGUCCGAUCGGGUGCUAACCAGUUUCUUCCGCGAAACGGUGCUCACCAUGGCGGCCACUCGGUCAAGGGAUGAUAAAAAACGAUUCCUGGAAUUAUGCGCUAUACUACUUGCCAUGGACGUUUUACCCGCCAGCACGGUCAUGUUCGUAGCUCAGGACUGCCUUGCCACCAGCACCAUCUUUGAGUGCGAGCUUCUCUUCUCUUUCCUGGAGGACAACAUGCGCUUCUUCGGCUCAUGCAAGAACACACUCCUCAUUGUGUGCACGGGUCUUAUUGCACGCCUCUCCACUGUUUUAAACGCUGGGUUCAGAGGCAGGAUACUAUUGUUUCUAGCCCGGUUCUAUCCACUAACAGACAAGUCUGGGGCAAAUGUCAUUGGAGCGUUCAACACGGAUCUGAACUUUGGUGAUGUGGAAGCCGAGUUGGAGGAAGAGAAAUCGCGCACCUCGACACCCCAGGUCCUUGGCACAGCCGAUCCAAUGGACACUGACGAGACUGUGGAGACCAGUACCAAAUCUGUUCCUGGUGUGUAUAUAUCAUAUGUUCGGUACGGGCAUCGAGAGACACGUGUGCUGCAAACAUUAGAUAUAAACACAAAGUGGCGAAGUAGCGAAUAUCCCGCCUUAGUUUUAGUACUCAUCAUAAGUCUGGCUGCGGAUCUGACAAUUGUAUUCUGA